UAGGUGUCUAGCAACAGCUAUCAGCCCAGACAGCCGGCGGCAACGCGAUCGGUGUUUGUCGGUGUGCUUUCCCGUGACUAGUCGCUGUCUUGGUAUCCAUAAUUAAUAGUCGGUUGGUUGAAUAUAGUGAUAAACAAACAACCCUGACCCCUGCACAGAGAUAUGAGCGGCAGCGGGCGGCCAAGGACCAGCUCGUUUGCUGAGCCGCCAGGUGUUCUAGGAGCCGCCGCUGCUGCUGCUGCGUCCUCCGGAUCAGCCGCUGCCGUGGGGAGCAGCACAGGAAAGUCCGGGGUCCCUCAGGCCUCCGGCACCAGCUCGUCGGGAUGUUCGAACCUCAAGCUUGGCAGAGACAGCGGAAAGGUGACGACGGUUGUGGCCACGCCCGGUCAGGGACCGGACCGCCCUCAGGAAGUCUCGUACACUGACAUCAAGGUGAUUGGUAAUGGGUCGUUUGGUGUGGUUUACCAAGCUCGGCUUAUCGACAGCCAAGAGAUGGUGGCCAUCAAGAAGGUUCUGCAGGAUAAGAGGUUCAAGAAUCGAGAACUACAGAUCAUGAGGAAGCUGGACCACUGCAACAUUGUUCGUUUACGUUACUUCUUCUACUCCAGUGGCGAGAAGAAAGAUGAGGUGUACCUCAACCUGGUGCUGGACUUUGUCCCUGAGACGGUCUACAGGGUUGCCAGGCAUUUUAACAAGGCCAAGAGCAUCAUUCCUAUCAUAUAUGUGAAGGUGUACAUGUACCAGUUAUUCCGCAGUCUGGCUUAUAUCCAUUCCCAGGGUGUGUGUCACCGAGACAUCAAGCCCCAGAACCUGCUCGUCGACCCAGAAACUGCCAUCCUUAAACUGUGUGACUUUGGCAGUGCCAAGCAGCUGAUCCGCGGGGAACCCAACGUGUCGUAUAUCUGCUCACGGUAUUAUCGCGCCCCAGAGUUAAUUUUUGGUGCCACAGACUACACUGCAAACAUCGACAUCUGGUCAGCGGGCUGCGUGCUAGCUGAGCUGCUGCUUGGACAGCCCAUAUUCCCUGGGGACAGUGGGGUGGACCAGCUUGUAGAGAUUAUCAAGGUGCUGGGAACACCAACACGGGAACAGAUCCGAGAGAUGAACCCAAACUACACAGAAUUCAAAUUCCCUCAGAUCAAAGCUCAUCCAUGGACCAAGGUGUUUAAACCUCGCACUCCUCCAGAGGCGAUCGCGCUCUGUUCUCGGCUGCUGGAGUACACGCCGGCCUCACGCCUCUCUCCACUAGAGGCCUGUUCACACGCCUUCUUUGACGAGCUGCGUCAGCCCAACACGCGACUGCCCAGCGGCCGAGAACUGCCGAUGCUCUUCAACUUCAGCACCACAGAGCUGUCAAUCCAACCCCAGCUGAACUCAACUCUCAUUCCUCCUCAUGCUCGCUCUCAUACAGCUGCUUCCGCCCACGAUGGCACCGGUUCAGAGUCGUCUCAGCACAGUUCAGUACCAGGAUCACUUAACAGCAUUUGAAGCAGCGCCUCACCUCCCUGUCUGCCAGCCUCACCCUUUACUGUCUCUUUCUCACACACACUCAAACACACUCACACACACACACACACACACUU